CCCAUAACGCUCCCCCAUUUUUCAAUCUUCACCAAAAACCAGAGCUCACGGUAUCCUCAACGACCACCCUUCAGUUCACUAUCGUUCACUCGCAUCUACGUUACCGUUAGGUUUCCGGUCACUCAUUCUACUCCGGCAGCCGUAGUAGCUACCGGAAUUUUAAAAACUUUCACCUCCUCUGCUUCAGGAAAUUCAACCUGCAAGUUGGAAAUAUCUCAUGGGGCGGGAUUCCUACGAUCGAUCAGAAUCUCCUGUUAGAAACCACAGGUCUUCACAUAGGAGCCCAUCCAGAAGAGAGAGAUCUCCUGCUCGACACAGAAACUCACACUCAACAAAAUCACCACCUAGAGAAAAGUCUUCAAGUCGCAACAAAUCCCCAAAACGCCCAAGGUCUCCUAUAGCUCAUUCACCACCGAGGCACAAACCUUCAAGCCACACAAAACCCUCCAAACACACAAGAUCAAGGUCUCCAUCAGACCGUUUACCUGCGAAAGAACCAGCUUUAAGAUCACCUAAAUCUCAAUCACCAUCACCGAGGAGUAAAAGAUUACGCAGAGAUCGAUCUGAUCAUAAAGAUGAUAAAUCAAGCGAAAGAGUACCUGAAAAGAAUCACAGAAAAACUGGGUCCCCUGAAUCUCGGUCCCCGUCUCCACGAACGAGAAGGUUGAGGAGAGCUCAAGCUGAUGCCGGUGAUAAAGUAAGUGACAGGGGUGCACGUAAGGAGAAGGAUGUUGAAAGAGAGAGAAGGGAUAGAAGUUCUGGAAGGGAUGCGGAUGAUGGUGGGUCCUACAAGUCAAGACAAGUGGAACAUCAUAGGACUCGACACAGAUCUCGCUCGCCUCCACGUGAUGAGGGAAAUAACUCAAGAGAAGAUCAUCGGAAUGGCGAUGAUGAUUCGGUUGCACGUAUGAAGGCAGCUGAAGAGGCUCUUGAAACCAAGGAAAAGCAAAAGCCUUCGUUUGAGUUGUCUGGAAAGCUUGCUGCUGAGACCAAUCGCGUCAAAGGUGUGACACUGCUGUUCACGGAGCCACCGGAUGCAAGGAAACCAGAUAUAAGAUGGAGACUUUAUGUUUUCAAGGGUGGUGAAGUGCUUAAUGAGCCAUUGUAUGUACAUCGGCAAACAUGCUAUCUAUUUGGGAGAGAAAGAAGGGUAGCAGACAUCCCAACAGAUCAUCCAUCAUGCAGCAAACAGCAUGCUGUUCUUCAAUACCGGCAAGUUGAGAAGGAGCUACCAGAUGGCAUGUUAGGGAAGGAAGUAAAGCCUUACAUAAUGGAUCUUGGAAGCACAAAUGGGACUUUCAUAAAUGAUAAUCGUAUUGAACCUGAACGCUAUUAUGAACUUAUGGAGAAAGACACUAUUAAGUUCGGUAAUAGUAGCCGAGAAUACGUACUUCUUCACGAGAAUUCAACUGGAUGAGGUUGAUAUUUCAGCAUGUUGGGAUAAAAUAUCAAUAUAUUUUGAUUUUAUUAUGCAUGGAGUUUGUUGAUGGUGAUGCAUCUAUCAUUUUUGUUGAAUUAGAAGACGAUGGAUUGCUUUACGGUUACCUCCUCUCGAAAGAUGAUGCCUUGGUCUUUUUGAGCACACCCAGUCACUGUAUCUCCCUUUGUAGACCUUUUGUUGAAAAUUAACGUUAGCUUAUGCUUAUUUUUUAACUUCUAAAUCUAUGUACUUGUGUUUGAUCUUUUGGUUACACAGUUUUUAAGUUUAA